GCAAAGCUUGAAGUUGUCCACGCGAGAGAGUUUUCUUCUGUUUGUUACCAGUGGCCGGCAGAGAAUCUAAUAUUUUCACCGCUUUUGAGCUAGUUACUCGAACAAGUCACAAAUCAGUAGGCACCUAGUUAGCCUUGCACCUAGUGACGGGCGACAGCACCUAUUCCUUUCAUUUUUGAAGUGAUAACGGUACAAAGUGCAAGCAUUUCUAUCUGUGAAGAAUCAAAGCUCUUUUAGUGACCAGAAUGGCGGUGCGUACGCAAUUCGAGGGUAACAACGAGAUUGGCGUGUUCUCUAACCUCACGAACGCCUACUGCCUGGUGGGGAUCGGCGGCUCGGAGAACUUUUACAGCCUGUUCGAGUCGGAGCUGGCCGACCAGAUCCCCGUGGUGCACGCCUCCAUCGCCGGCUGCCGCAUCGUCGGCAACCUGAGCGUGGGCAACCGGCACGGCCUGCUGGUGCCCAGCACCACCACCGACCAGGAGCUGCAGCACCUGCGCAACUCGCUGCCCGACUCGGUGCAGAUCCGCCGCGUCGAGGAGCGGCUCUCGGCGCUCGGCAACGUGAUCGUCUGCAACGACUACGUGGCGCUGGUGCACCCGGACCUGGACCGUGAGACAGAGGACAUCCUGGCCGACACGCUCAAGGUGGAGGUGUUCCGGCACACACUGGCCGACAACCUGCUGGUGGGCUCGUACAGCUGCCUGAGCAACCAGGGCGGCCUGGUGCACCCCAAGACCACCAGCCAGGACCUGGACGAGCUGUCGUCGCUGCUGCAGGUGCCGCUGGUGGCCGGCACCGUAAACCGCGGCUCGGACGUGCUCGGCGCCGGCCUGGUCGUCAACGACUGGUGCGCGUUCGCCGGUCUGGACACCACCUCCACCGAGCUGAACGUCAUCGAGAGCAUCUUCAAGCUGCGCGACGACGCGGCGGCGCCCACCAUGAGCGGCAUGCGCGACACCCUCAUCGAGAGCAUAUCGUAAUGGGGCGAGGUGCGGGCGCGGGAGGGGCCAGAGACGGUGCGGCGGGCCGAGUGAGUCCGUCCACCGCCGGACCGGACGGUCUGUCUGUGCACAUGUUGACGUGUUGAGGGACCGGUUUGUCGGUGGGAUGUCGCACGGCAACAUCUGUCGUAGUCUGCGCGGUGUUGCGGGCUGUACGCGGGUGUCCGUUCGGGAAACGAUAUCCUGUUUUGAUCUGCGAUGGUCGCUACGUGAUAUCGGGUGUGGCAUUUUUAUAUUUUUCGGAAUUGAUGGAGCUUGCUCGAAGUGUUGAGCUAUGCUUCUUCAAGUACUGUUAUCGCUAACAAAUAUACAUGAAACGCAUUUCCGUUGAUUUUAGGCUGAAUAAAUGCGACUUCUGCAAGCUCU